CGUCGUACCUCCACCAGUGCAGUCGACGAGAUCCAAAGCUUCAGGCCUGCUAUGUCGAAGCCAUCAUGCACAUCAGGCCGUGGCUGGCGCAAGGCAUCCCCGAGGUGGACGUGCCGUCCACGGAGCCGUUCCGCCUGGCCGAGCUGUCCCUGUCGCUGACCGAGGGACGCGGCGGGUACCGCAUCUCCCUCAAGGACAUCGACGUCACGGGCGUGAGCAACUUCACCGUGCGCGACCUCACGGUGGGCGAGGCGGGCGCCUUCUCCCUUGACGUGGACAUCCCCCUGCUCUCCCUCGUGGCCGACUACUCCAGCUCGGGCGUGCUCAUCAUGAUCCCCGCCUCCGGCCGUGGCACGCUGCACGGCGAGCUGGGCCGCGUGCGCACGCAGCUCCGGGGCGCGCUGUCGGUGCGCGGGGCGGACCGGGCAGACCGAGCUGGCAGGCAGCACGUGCACGUGGACCGCCUGCUGGUGGACCUCAAGGUGGGCGACGUGAGCAUGCGCAUCGACCGGGCGCCGGGGGAGAACUUCAUCAUCGCCCAAGCCACCAACAUGCUGCUCCGCACCAGUGGGCACCUCGUCCUCGACGCCAUGAUGCCCGAACUCCGCCUCAAGUUGGCCGACGUGUUUCUCGGCAUCGCCAACAACAUUUUCGCCAAGGUGUCCGUCGACCAGCUGCUGCGUGAUUGAUUGAUGUGCUGUCAGGAAGUGCAUGGUUCUUAUUUAAUGUAUGAACUCUCUUCACAAUAUAUGUACCUCCUGGGCCUUUCUUUUAUAUUUGGAAUCGUGUAUGUUUUUAACUUUUUGUGGUAUCAUUGACGAAGUUGCACUCACAUGAAAUGGUGGUGUAAGUUAUCUAUCUAAUCAACUACUCUUUGGCCUCGUGAAUAGUCUUCGCAUAAAUGAAGGUUUGAUAAUGAAUUUUGUAAUUUUGGGUCAUGUUUUCUUGGCUAAUAAAGAAGAUCCUUUAAGUAUAUUAAUAA